UCUCAGCGAGAAAAAAAGAGAAACACACGCGGCUCGGCUCAGUGACGGCACUCGCAGCGAGCGAGAGAGAGAGAGCCAGGCGAGAGCGAGAGAGACGGAACGAGAGACGGGGAAUUCUGUCCGUUCAGUAGUGGAAACAAAAGCCACAGAAAUUGAAUUAAAUUCGCAACCGAAUGCAUCGAUUCGUUAAUUCUCGAACCCAACAGAACCAGCACGCCUCGCUCCCCACUCGCUUCGCGGACGCGGUUACGCAAUUACGCAGUGCGGGGCACGCAUAAUCAGAGUGCACGUGUAUACUACAGUACGACCUGGUGCACUCUAUACGUACACUCUAGUCUACAUACAUACACUCUAGUACCAUACACUCUAGAGUAUAGGCUAGAGAUUUUGGUGCAAUCACAUCGCGUGCGAAAGGGCACGUGUGGUCACACACACACACAGACAUCAACGCACGCGAAGAGAGGGGGGCAGGGGAGGGACUGCGAGCUUGGACAGAGGCUGCGAGCUGGGAGAUCGAGCUAGGAGUGAGAGAGAGACUGCGAGCUGGGAGACCGAGCUAGGAGUGAGAGAGAGAAAGACUGUGAGCUGGGCUUAGAGCCUGCGACCUGCACAGGAGCUGCCAGCUGCGAGCGAGGAAGCCAUCGGAAUGCGUCGCUGUACGGGACGUUGCUCCUUGGUCUUCAUCUGCGCCCUGCAAGUGGUGACGGCCGUGGAGCGGCAGAUUUUCGACUUCCUGGGCUACCAGUGGGCGCCCAUCCUCGCCAACUUCCUGCACAUCCUCAUGCUCAUCCUGGGCCUCUUCGGAGCGCUGCAGUACCGCCCACGAUACCUGACCGCGUACGCCGUGUGGAUGGUGCUGUGGGUCUCGUGGAACGUCUUCCUCGUCUGCUUCUACCUUGAAGUCGGAGGCCUGUCCAAGGACAGCGACACGCUGACCUUCCACGCGUCCAUCCACCGCUCGUGGUGGAGAGAGAACGGGCCCGGCUGCCGCGUGACGCCGGCAGAGCCGCCGCCAGGCCGUGCCACUGCUGGCCUGGCCUACAUCUCCGUGCCCGGGUGCCUCCUGCAGUACCAGCACCUCGAGGUCAUCCACUCGUCCACCCAGCUCCUCAUCGCCCUGGUCGGCUUCGUCUACGCGUGCUACGUCAUCAGCGUCUUCACGGAGGAGGAGGACAGCUUCGAUUUCAUCGGUGGAUUUGACCCCUACCCAACCACGUACCAGGUCCCCCAGAAACCCGCGCACAUGCAGCUGCAGCCCAUGUACACGACAAAAUAACAACACGCGCGAGGGACAGCCGAGCGGAGCAACAGAGACAAAUCAUCAGCUCGGGGGGGGGGGGGAGAAGCUGGGCAAAAAACCAAGUUCCCCACCAACGAUUUGAGAGAGCGAGUGGAGAGAGUGGAGAGCGAGAGAGAGUUGUUUUCUUCUUCUGUGUGUGUACAAAAAAAAUCCCACUCCCAAGAACUUACAAGCGCGUGUACGUUUUGUCAAAACGAGCAAGAAUUGAUUUGCGGCGGCCACGGCAGCCGCAGCCGCAGCAGCAGCAGCGGCCCAGAGAAAGAGAGACAGAGAGAAAACAAAUAGACGUCGAGAGAGUAGCCAGACGGGUAAUAACAACGGCGGUAGCGGCGAGGAGUCUUGGCUCGGAGCCACGAGAACAAGGCGGCGGCUGCUGGCGGCUGGACGCGGCUUCGGCGCCCGUCCGCCCGCGCCCCCGGGGCGACCGGCGCGGGGGGGGGGGGAAGCGCCACGAACGCCCCACGCGCAGAGACGCCACCGCCCUCUGCAGACGCCCUCCCGCAUGGCCCGGCCCAGCCUGCGCGCGUGGGGCUGGGGGGUCGGGAGUUGUUUUUGUUUUGGGGCCGUUCGUCCAUCUCCUAGCGCGGUUCUUCGAUGUGCGCCGUCGGCACGAAGUCACCGACGUUUCGCUGCACGUGCCGGCGAAGAGCUUCUUCAGGGACGAGCCAGCAACAUCGGCGCGCGCGUGUGUGUGUGCGUGUGGCUUCGUCAAUAAAAAAAUAUAAAACAACAGCGAAAUGCCAUCGCCACUCAAGCCAAGUGGCAGGAAUCCGUCGGAGCUCAACCCGAACGUGCUGUUGGCGGUCCUGAUGGAAUCAGCGGUGGAAACUCCACAUUCCUAGGGCAAGGGCCAGUCCAGCCCCGCGUUCAUCAUGGUGUCGCUAUCAGCGUGUCGCUGUCCAGCUGAUGGAGAGGGAGAGAGAUCGACCUUCGUUGUAUAUAAGUGGCGGCGUCGUUGUUUUGCUGUGUGCGUGUUAAUCUCCGGUCACUCAUCCCGUGGUUUAAUUUCUUCGCGUUCGAUAGUAACUUUUGAUAAUUACAUGACAAAGUGUCCUUUUCAGCCGUAAUGUUAUAGCCUGAGUGAUUACAUACAAUAUGCAAUACGGUAUAUAUAUACAUUUAAAUGCAUAUUAUAUGUACUGCAGUUAAUUGUAUACAUAUUUUAUGUGUUCGUCAAAGUCUUUCUUUUAUUUUGUCCUUCGUAACGACGUAGCGCGUAUUAACUUUGUACAUCUCACGGUAGGCCUUACAAUUGUAAUGGCCGAUUAUUUAAAUUAACUCUCCUGUAUGGAAUUCAAUAAGCUAAUCUUCAAAUGUUACUGUUUAAUGUUGUAGGAACGCUGCCACAGUGGUGACCGCGCUGGACUUGCGACCCAGAGGUCGCCGGUUCGUUGAACCCUCCCGGCGCGCCGGUGGUAACGUCACCGCGCCCUCUGCCUACCCAGCAGCAGCAGCAGCAGCACGCUGCAUGGGCACGCCGCAAUGAGUCGAUCGGCAGGUCGCGUGGGUGGGGUAAAGUGUGGGUACCCCCCCACCUCGGAGCCUUUCCUGGGGUCAGGGAGACCGCCCCGGGCCCCGCGCUUUUGAAGGGGGGGGGGGGGGUUAGGAUCCCGCUUCGACGUCACGGUGUCAGAUGUGAUACUUCUGGUUUAGUUUGAAGGCGUUGGGAGCCCCCGCAUCUCCCUACGGAGGGCCCCAGUCGCCACCUCGUCCCAGAUGUUUGGCCAGCGAGCAAGACGGCGACAACUGCCCUCGUGAGCUCCCUGAAGCCCCUCCGACAGCGGUGGCGUGAGCGAGGGCUACUGCACCUUCAAUAUGAGCGCUGUAUGUGAAUGGGGUCAAUGUUACGGGAUUACGUAAAGUUGGUGCUUCCGAAGCGUCGUGCCAAUCCCACCACCGCCGCCGUGAAUAGCCAGCGACGCUGUUGGGCAACUUCGCAAACUCGCUCGAGGUCUCCGCGUUGACGCCACCCACACGAACCGCUCCGAUUUGCCACCACGCUGCCCGUCAGACAGGCGGGGGGGGGGGGGGUAGUCCACAUGGCUUUCAUUCCCCACUCAACACCGACGCCGUUCAUCUGCGGGCGUUUGCUACCGGACGAUGAGCCAUAACCAAGCUGCAACGCUGUGAUCGUCACCACCUCCCAGUCCGUGUCCAGGUGACCCACCGGGAGUCGGGUCUCACGAGACCUCGGGCACGCCGAGCGGGCUGUGAGGCUGCCGGGCUUGUGCGGUCGUCCCGCGGGCUGGCACGGGGCUGCUGCUGCUGCUGCGUCGUGGACACCCAGAGGGGGGUGCAGGGGAAAGCCAUUGUUGUACUGAACUGCUAUGCGGUGCGGUACUUCCUUCCCACCGCAUAUGCUCCUCCCCGUCUUCACCAAUCGCGUUGACCAGCGUGGCGAAGUAUGGUCAAACAACCCAACGCAACCCGCGCAGCGUGGGGAGGCCCUCAUCCAGCAGUGGAUUGACGCAAAGGCGAUGAAGUGUACAGUACCCACAUACGCGCAGCAGUAUAGACACAGUACAGUCCGUUCUGUCAAUACGUUAUUGAGGGAUAUUUGACCAUACUUGACCAUACUUGAUCAUGCCGGUCAGUGCGCGUGUGUGAAGGUGGUGGGGAGUGCAGAACGGCGACGGCUUUUGCUGCACUGCCCUCUGCUGCGCACGAGGCCUAGAGCUCCCGUGUUGUGUACGCAGCCGGCACCCAUCCCGGCGAUGUGCAGGCUCCACGCUGCUUAGCUGACGCGAGCUGACGGCAUCGGGUGUAUUCUGGCUGCUGUGGUCAUGGGCGAACAUCAGUACUGAAUGGGGCGCCGCGGUGGCGAGGUGCCAUCUCUCUCGCCUGCUAUGCAGGAGGUUCGUGGGUUCGAUCCCAAACCCUGACGCCUGUAUAUUUGGAGUUUGCAUGUUCUCACCGUGCUCGCGUGGAUUUUUCUCCGUGUCCUUCGUUUUUUUCCUCCCCACAUUUAAAAACGCGCGUUUAGAGUAUUUGGCUGCUAUGAAUUUCCACGCGAUAAGCCACUUCAUUAUGGCCAGGUUGCUGCUGAAAAAGAGUUACAUAGUUCUCGGUGGGGCCUUAUCUGGUACAUAAAAAACCCCAGUUUUAUAGAAUGCAUUUCUCGUUGCCUGUAAACGUGCCCAGUUGUCCGUGCAGCGGCAGGGCCUCUCGCGGAGAGAGGGCGAGCGGCCACUCGCAGACGACCUCGCCGGCACUGACAGCACGCGGCACUGACAGCAUCGCUGGGGCAACUCGUCACGCGUCGAUCAUCAGCUCCGCCAAGGCGGCCCGGGCCAUCAUCAGUUGCCCCACAACCCUGGGAGGCAACUUUUACCGAGUUGAUGGCUCAAUUACAACGGCAGCUGCCACUUCGCUCGAGACCAAUUGUGAGAUUGUGAGAAACACAAUCACAGCCACACACGAUGUCACAGCCACACACGUUUAGAUAACUCGCGACUUAGAUUGCGACGAGAAUCAUGCCCGUCUAUAAACUACCGGGCACAGUGGUGAGGACACGGUGGUUAGCGCACCGUGCUAUGAACCAGGCGAGCCGAGUUCGAGUCCCAGCCACGGCUAACACAAGUGGCGAGCGGUCCGGGCCUCCCAACCUUUCACCAAGCCGCACUGACCAGUGUGGUGAAGUAUGGUCAAAAAAAACAAUCCCCAUCAUGGCGCGGGGAGGCCUUCACCCGUGGGCGGAUUGAGAAUGGCAGCAUUUAUGUAUUUAUUUCGUAUUUAUCCAACGACCGCGUAAACGGAGCCCUUUCCGCGGGAUUAAUAAUCCGACACUCAACAGGCGUGAGAUUUGAGGUGCUGAAACGCAAGUUGGUCGACAUUUGGUCAGCCGGCCUCCCUCCAUUCAGUGGCCUCGACCAGCCGUGCAACGCUCACCGACACCCGACACGCGCAGUCGCCGUGGCUUUGAGGCCCCCCUUUUUAAAGCCCCCUGUGAAUUUGAUACGUAAUA